GUAACAUUUCUGUGUCCCUCAGUAACAAUUCUGUGUCCCUCAGUAACAAUUCUGUGUCCCUCAGUAACAAUUCUGUGUCUGUCCCUGAGUAACAAUUCUGUGUCCCUGAGUAACAAUUCUGUGUCCCUCAGUAACAAUUCUGUGUCCCUCAGUAACAAUUCUGUGUCCCUCAGUAACAAUUCUGUGUCCCUCCCUAAAGUAACAAUUCUGUGUCCCUGAGUAACAAUUCUGUGUGUCCCUGAGUAACAAUUCUGUGUCCCUCAGUAACAAUUCUGUGUCCCUCAGUAACAAUUCUGUGUCCCUGAGUAACAAUUCUGUGUCCCUGAGUAACAAUUCUGUGUGUCCCUAAGUAACGUUUC